GAUUAGCAUGUAAAUGAGAAAUUUUUAUUAUUCGUCAACUUCGGGAAAAUUUGUGUAUGGGAGAUUUGGUUAAAUUGUGAUAAUCCAGGACAUCAUCAUCAGAAUGGAAGCUACAGCUACAGUCAAUGCCAGUAAGCCGAUGCCAAAUCCACAGCGCCUGAGCAAUGGAAUCGACGACCAUCCACUUCCAGAUGAAGUUAUCGGUGGAACAGACUCGACUCAGGUGCCGGUGGCUACAGAUUCAGACAGGGAGGAACUGGUUGUACAUGUGAAAUCAGUACAAGGUAGAAGAAAGACAAUGGAGGACAGAUACUUGGUACUGAACAACUUCCAGCCGAACAUAUUCAACAUAGAGUGUAUAGUGGCAGUGUUUGAUGGACACGGCGGUUCCGAUGCAUCUCAAUUCUGCCAGGACAACUUCCAAACAUUCUUCAUGCGUGCCUUACUACAACAACAACAACAACAGUCUCAGCGACGCAACUCAAAGUCAAGACUAAAAACAACAACAACAACACCCUCCACUACCAAUGACAGCAUCAAUUCAAUCUCAGACCAAGAAAAGAUAUCAACACAAACAUCAUCAGCAUCAUCUGGAAAUAAUGCUUUUCAGCAAGAAUCAUCGGGAGAUACACAUAAAGGGAAUAGUGGACAAGCAGCAGAUUCCAUUUCUGAAUCAACGCAACAACAGGAAGUUGCCUCUAGACUAUCAGUUGAGAGCAGCUGUGAGUCUCCCGAUCUAUCAAACUGUCUCAGGGAAACAUUUCUUGCCAUAGACGAAGCUUUCGCCCGUAAAUUUCCCAAAAGUUCCUGUGGGUCGACUGCUAUUGUGGUUGCUGUUGACAGAGAACGAAGCAGACUGGACUUCGCCAAUGUGGGAGACAGUGCGGCUACAGUUCUUCGCAGAAACCGCGAUGACUCAUCCUCGUACCACUCGUCUCCUCCGACUAGGAAUUCGACAAAUCAAGAGGAGGGGGCGGAAGAUGGGACAGAAGUAGUGCUGCUUAAUGAUAUACACAACACUGAGAACGAGAGUGAGGAGGCGAGGAUAGUUGGUCUGGGUGGGUUUGUGUUUGCAGUGUCGGGCACCACCAAAAGAGUCAACGGAUGUCUCACCAUCACUAGGGCCAUAGGUGACCUGUCGAUGAAAGAGGUGAUUUCGGCUGAGCCGGAGACGGAGACCUACGACAUAUCUCCCCAAGAUAGAUUUCUCCUCCUCGCCUCAGACGGCUUCUUUGACGCAGUUCCCUUCGAUGAACUAGGCGCAGUCAUGGACCAAGUCACACAACAGGUUACUGAGUCGGGAGGUUGUGUGAGGAGCUGUAACUUGGCCGAACUGUUGUGUGAAGAGGCUUUGAGAAGAGACAACAGCGACAACAUCACUGUGUUAUGUGUUCCCCUCAAGUGAAGUACGAGGAUGGGGGGUGAGAAAUGGAAGGGAGAGACAAAGAAGCGAUGGAACUACGUGGCACACUUACAUACGAGUUUAUAUUCAUUUUUCCUCUUGAGUUUACUCAAAUAUCACAACCAGCAGAAGUUCAGUUAUUGAAAUUCACCGUUCUGGAGAAGUUUCCUUGUGGUAAAUGCUGACAUCAUUAUCAACUAUUUGUUCUUGUAAAAGUAACUUCGAAGCCUGUAUACUACCGAACACAACUUUCAAAUGGAGCCGAGACUACUGAAUAAAAAAACUGCUUAACUGAACUUGUUUUUGGAUGAUUUCAAAAUAAUUUCAUUGUUUGAUAGAAGCUAAGCAAGUCGCUAUGGUGUGAAGUAAAGUUUGCUCUGAAUAUUAUGAGCGAGCAGCAAUUAUUUUGAGUUACCACUUUUGAUGUUCAGGCAGGAGAGUUUUGAAAGGAAUUGCACCCCUCUUCGAAAGGAUUUUCAGCCCUCUUUGAAAAGCGAAGAAUAGCUACAAAAAACCAUCAUUUCUUGAAAAACUUCGAAAACAGGGGAAGUUAAUAAGCAUGGCUCAUAUUUAUCAUCGAAAAACUACAUAUUUACCAUUGCUGCUCUCCUGUAAUGCUUUUGUGGUUUUGACUGGUGGAUUUUUUUUUGGUUGACCAAAGUACUAAGUGCUGCGAUAUAUUGGAGAUAGUCCUUAAUUUGAUGUCCGUUGCUUUCCUUUCAAACAGAGAAUUGCCAAACUAUAGACAAUUAAAUUAGUUGUUGGUAUGAUGUUACGUUGAAGAUUAAUUCACUAAUUACUACUUGAUUAAAUUGCUUAUUUCAGUGUAUUUGUGGUCGAUAUGUCAGAAUCGGUGGUUGAGUUUGUUUUUAAUCGGUGCUAUUUUAUUUUUAGAUUUGUACCAGAUGGUUGCAACAAAUUAAGUGCGACUAAUGAUUGAAGUAAACCUAAUCAAACAAAAUCUUACCGAUCGAACUUAGAAGUUUUUAAAAAUAGCGUUUGUGAUGUUGAUUUGUCACAUCUUAGUUUUGUAUGAAAAGUGAUGACCUUUCAAGUAUUCCACCACCUGUUUUGAUGUUUCGACCAUUGCUGUAAUCUCUUACCAAUAUCAGAUGCUAGUUACCUCGUUAUCUUUAUAUACUCCAGCUGUUUUAUGUUUUAGUCUUCCUGUUUUAUCAAUUUCAUCUGGCAUUAUUUUCUGCUUACCAUUUUAACGACUGUUAUCGUUACAGAAAUAUCUUAAGCCAAUCAGAACUCGUUCAACUGUUCAAAACU